UCCGCCCUGCCGCUGGCCCGCUGCGGUGCCGGGCCCCAGCGACCCUCCGCGGCCCCGUGGUCCUCCACCUCCAGCCUCCAUGGACUCGUUCGCCACACAGCAGCCGGGGCUGCCCCGCGCGCGCUUCGCUGGCACCUCUGGCCGUGGGGCGGCCUCCGUCAGCUGCAGCCGACUCCGCCAGGUUCAGAGCAUCCUGACACAGAGCAGCAAGUCUCAGCCUGAUGGGAUUCUCUGCAUCCUAGGAAUUGACAGCAGGUACAACGAAGGCUGCAGGGAGCUGGCCAAUUACCUUCUGCUCGGAUUAUACAGUCAGAAUACCACUGAUUUUGAGAAAACAGGAUUUUCUGAAGAAAUUCUAGAUGAUGUGAUUAUAUUGAUUAAAUCAGAUAGUGUCCAUCUGUACUGUAAUCCUAUCAACUAUGGAUACCUUUUGCCUUAUGUAGCACAUUGGAGAAACCUGCAUUUUCAUUGCAUGACUGGAAAUGAGUAUGAAGAUGAGGAAGCAGCAGAAGAAUUUAAAAUUUCCAGUUUUGUGGACAUGGUUCGAGACUGCAGUAGAAUUGGUAUUCCUUACAGCUCCCAAGGUCACUUGCAGAUAUUUGAUAUGUUUGUGGUAGAGAAGUGGCCAAUUGUACAGGCCUUUGCACUUGAAGGCAUUGGAGGAGAUGGGUUUUUUACCAUGAAAUAUGAGUUGCAGGAUGUGAGUUUGAGUCUAUGGAAUGUCUACAGCAGGACGGAUCCUAUGUCUCUGGAGAACAUGCUUUCAGAAGACUUGGUGGCAUUCGAGCAUCAGUGGACGAGCUUCUUUGCUAACUUUGACACAGAAAUCCCUUUCCUGCUGGAACUUUCAGAAUCUCAGGCGGGUGAGCCAUUCAGAAGCUACUUCAGUCAUGGAAUGCUCUCCAGUCAUAUUACUGAAAACAGCCCCCAUCGGCAGCCGUUUGUUCUCUUUGGUAACCACUCUACACGAGACAACCUGAGCGCGGGCAGCUUUAACUUCCCUUCUGAGGGGCACCUGGUGCGCAACACUGGUCCUGCGGGGAGCUUUGCCAAACACAUGGUCGCUCAGUGUGUCUCACCAAAGGGACCGCUGGCAUGUUCAAGGACAUACUUUUUUGGCGCUACUCAUGUUCCUUACUUGGGUGAUGAUGACAAGCUGCCCAGUGCAACUGAACAAACUAGGCUCUUAUCCCAGAUAUAUGCUGCUGUUAUUGAGGCUGUUUUGGCUGGCAUUGCAUGUUAUGCUAAAACUUGCAGUCUGGCAAAGGCCAAAGAGGUAGCAGAGCAUACUCUGGAGAAUGGGCUAGUGUUCUCUGAGCUGGUUCCGUUCAAAGCUGAUCUACGCUCCAAGGUGACUUUUCAUAUACAUGCUGUGAAUAACCAGGGAAGAAUUGUACCUCUGGAUAAUGAAGAUAGCUUAUCCUUUGUGAAAACGGCUUGUAUGACCGUCUAUGACAUUCCUGACUUUCUGGGAGGAGGAGGAUGCUUAGGAUCUGUGGUCUUCUCAGAGUCAUUUUUGACUUCUCGGAUCCUAGUUAAAGAAAAGGGUGGCGCUAUUACACCAGAAACCAGCUGCAUCAUCCUGACAGCUGCCAUCCCCAGGUUCUCUUCUUGGCUGGUAGAAGAUAAUGAAAUAAAAUUGUCUGAGAAAACCCUGCAAGCAACACGGGGGGACGAGUGUUUCUUGGGCACAUUGCUAACAGGAGGAAAAGGAGCAUAUCUUUAUUCCAGCAGUCCACAGUCUGGGCCUGAGGAAGGGAAUGUGCAUUUCUUCUCUGGGGGCCUUCUGUUUUCUCACCGUCGUCAUGGAAGUAUCAUCAUUUCCAAGGAUCACAUGGAUUCUGUUUCCUUCUAUGAUGGGGACUCCACCAGCGUAGCAGCCGCCCUUGUCAUCGACUUCAGAAGCUCACUACUUCCUCACCUCCCAGUUCAGUUCCAUGGAUCAAGCAAUUUUCUGAUGAUUGCCCUUUUCCCCAAAUCAAAGAUAUAUCAAGCAUUUUACUCAGAGGUCUUCUCUCCUUGGCAACAGCAGGAUAACUCAGGGCUUUCUUUAAAAGUGAUCCAGGAAGAUGGAUUAUCUGUGGAACAAAGGAGAUUGCACUCCUGUGCACAGAAGCUCUUCAGUGCCCUGAGCCAUCCUGCAGAUGAAUGGAGCUCUACGAGGCUGCUGGCAGCCAGACUCCCCGAGCUGGAGCGGUUUCUCCAGCAUUUUGCUGUCGGCAGCAUUGGUCAGGAGCCUGUGAUGCGGACCCAUCUUUCAGGCCUGCUGCAGCAAACUGAAAUCAGCCCUGCUCACGGAUUAGAAAGUGACAAGGUCAUCAUCAGCAUUGUAACUGGUCUCCCUGGCUGUCAUGCUAACAAGCUCUGUGCUUUCCUGGUCACUCUACAUAAGGAGUACGGCAGGUGGAUGGUAUACCGCCAGAUCAUGGACAGCUCUGAAUGUUUCCAUGCUGCCCACUUCCAAAAAUACCUUUCCAGUGCCCUGGAGGCCCAGCAGAACCGCUCUGCCCGACAGUCAGCUUACAUCCGCAAGAAGACCAGACUGCUGGUGGUAUUACAAGGUUACACAGAUAUCAUUGAUGUUGUCCAGGCCUUGCAGACUCACCCAGACCCAAAUGUCAAGUCCUACUUCACUAUUGGUGCUGUCACCGUGUGUGUGGAGCCCCUGAGCUGCUACAUGGAGCACAGGUUUCUCUUUCCUAAAUGUCUUGACCAGUGUUCACAAGGCUUGGUGAAUAACGUGGUGUUUACCAGUCACACGACGGAGCAGAGGCACCCUCUCCUUGUUCAGCUGCAGACCCUCAUCAGGGCUGCCAAUCCUACUGCAGCCUUCAUUCUUGCAGAAAAUGGGAUUGUUACAAGGAAUGAAGACAUUGAGCUGAUUCUCUCAGAAAACAGUUUUUCAAGUCCCCAGAUGCUACGUUCUCGAUAUUUACUGUUUCCUGGCUGGUAUGAAGGUAAAUUUGAUUCCGGAUCCGUCUUUCCACUAAUGGUUCAGAUCUGUGUGUGGUUUGACCGACCUCUGGAGAAAACCCGCUUUGUGGCCAAGUGUAAAGCAAUUCAGUCUUCCAUCAAGCCAAGUCCCUUCUCUGGGAAUAUCUACCACAUCCUUGGCAAAGUGAAGUUUUCAGAUUCUGAAAAGACCAUGGAGGUCUGCCACAACACUUUGACCAACUCCCUGAGCAUUAUGCCGGUUUUGGAAGGACCCACUCCACCCCCCAAUUCCAGAAGCACACCUCAAGACAAUGGGCAGCCAGAAUGCUACCUUGUGUUCAUUGGCUGCUCCCUGAAGGAGGACAGCCUCAAAGACUGGCUUCGACAAUCAGCUAAGCAGAAGCCUCAGAGGAAAGCUCUGAAGACCAGGGGAAUGCUGACCCAGCAGGAGAUCAGGAAUAUCCACGUGAAACGCCACUUGGAUCCCCUACCUGCAGGCUACUUUUACAAUGGCACUCAGUUUGUUAACUUCUUUGGAGACAAGACGGAUUUUCACCCUCUCAUGGACCAGUUCAUGAAUGAUUAUGUGGAAGAGGCCAAUCGGGAGAUCGAGAGGUACAACCGCGAGCUGGAGCAGCAGGAAUACCGUGACCUCUUUGAGCAGAAGUCCUAAAAAAAAGCUGGGCCUGUGCCCACGAGAGAUGAAUGAGUGAAUGGGUGUCCAUCUUUCCUGGAGGCCCCUCCUGAAGGGGCUGACACUGUCCUCCCUGGCCUGCCAGCAUAGUACAUGUUGUCUUUAUUCUCUCUCCUCUCUGCACCCUGAAAGGCGUUGUGUUUACCGCUGAGUGAGGGCUGUGCACAGGACGAGCAGCUAGACUGCCUUGUGUUCCAGCGUCUCUGGGUGUCUGAUAAAAGACUCUCCUGUAGACAGCUGGACACGGUGAGGCUGAGGAGAAGCCUCUGGCUUGCACGGUGCAGCUGCUGGGAGUUAGAAGGCCCCUGGUCACCUAAGCAGUGGCCAGGCCAAGAUCCACAACGCCUUGUAGACGAGAGCACUUCUGUGGGGUGAAUGGAAGCAAGAUAGGAUGCUUUCUGUAAGUGCGAGGCUGCUGCAUCAACAGUCGCGCCCGUGGGGUUGGCGCUAGAGCUCCGCUGCAGCAUCGCUUUGGUCCUCUAGUGCAGAGACGAGAGCAGGCCUGCCACUCAAGCCCUGUAGUGCUUCACCUCCCAGUCAAGGUGAAUAGCCUGCAACAGGUUAGUCUUGGGCCCAGGGUCUAAUCAUUUGGGGGCUGUUGGUCUUUGACACCCAGCCUCCUCACCCCCUGUCAUGGAAGGCAAUACAUUUCAGAAAACCUCCCCUGAAACUGCCCCUGGAUGUGUUUACUUGAUUCCCGAGGACCAGGAAUUUCAAGAAUUCUGAUAAUCAAUUUAGAAUCCCCUCCAGUGGUUUUUCUUUUUUUUAGUUUGGACUGCACAGCAAAGGUGAACUAAUUGCAUCCAAGACUGGCCUCCUAAGUAGAGUGGGGAGCAAGGUCACUAAAGGUGAUGCCUGCUAGGAUUGAGUGCCUCUGCUGCUUAGACUAUAAAUGUUUCUGAGUUUCAUGGACUUUUUGCAUGCCUUAGGAAGAAGCACAUAGGGAAAGCCAGCAUCGUGUUCUGUAAUGUAGAGAGACUUUUGCCGAAGGGUCCUGGCACAGCGGAUACUUAGAGGGAGCAUAUGAGGCCACGUGCCUAGUAACAGAGCUUUUUGGGCAAAGUAAUAAUCAAGGCUCGUCAAUAAAAUAUUCUUGUAUUAUGAAAAAAAAAAGGUUGAAGCCAAAUGAGCCAAAUUACAAGUUCCAUUGGAUAAGAAUUCUUGCAUUAAGAAAAACAUGUGAGAAAGGCCCAUAUGCUCCCAUCCCUGCUCCAAAACACACAGGUGACAAGGCCCUCCUGUUGAACUCUAGUCUGGAAAUCCCUAACUUCUGGCUGGGGUUCAGUAGCAUAGAUCGUAAGUGCAAUUGAUUAAUAAGCAAUGAAUUACUAUAGCUCCCUUUGUCUUCACCAAGCUCUUUUUAAAAACUAAAAUUUGAGCUAGCAGCCUUAGAAAAGGGAAAGGGGGACCACGAGACUAUUUCAUUUCCUUUGGGGGGUGGGGGUAGAACCACAGGCCAUUUCAUUUCCUGCAGAGUUACUGUGAAGAUUUUAGUGGGAGCUCUAGAUUAAGGGCUCUGGCUGCUUUGGCCUGGCAGUCUGGCUGCUGCACAAAAGUGUUUUUAAAGAGGGGUUGGGGCCACGCUGUGUGGCAAACUUGUUUCUAGCCAUUGUCCAUAGAAGUGUGCUUUUACCAACCUGCCCAUUGCCCCCAUUCCUCUCAUCAGAGGGGAAACUGAUUACCUCAACUUGAAGAUAAAACUGUGGUUUUGAAGAAAAGGCAGGACAUUCAGAAGUUCUUUGCCCCAAGAGGGCAAAGCUAGCUGAAGCCUCCGUAGAUGUUCCCUAACCUGCCUGGGACUCUGUAGGGGCCCUGCAACCACACACUGUGAGUUCUUUGAGGACUAGGAGGGGACCUUGCUUCUCCUCUGCUGCUCCCCACAACCUGUGGGUCUCUUGACUUCCAUGGGGUUUAACAUCCACUUGAUUCCUUCAGGUCAAAGAGGCUAUCUCCAGAGGAAAAGCCAUGAUAGUCUCUAGCCUCUAAUCUUAGAAGUGGACGCCAGGGACCCAGCGAGGAUUUUAGGGAGCAGUUCCCAGGACAGGCAAAGUCCCCCAGGGGCUUCCAUGCUUUCUACCAGCUUUCCUGUUAGCAGCUUCAGUUCCCGUCACCAGAGUGAGUGGGGUAGUGGUGAAGUCACUGAAGUUAUGGGUUGUUUUGUUCUAAUGUGGGAUCCCCCCCAAGUGGACUGGGGGAGGAAGCAGACAUUGGAGGCAGGUUGGCCCCAACAAGCCCUCAGGCUCUUUGACCUGAGGCCUGGACACUAGCCCUUUAGGCUGUGAUCAGUAAAAAUGUCCCUCCUAAAUCCUCUUGGGAUUUUGGAGAAUUUUUGCACAGUAAUAAGCUCUGGCUUCUCAAAAGGGAAAAGUUCAACUCAAAAGACUGUAAACGGUUAAGUAUUCCAGCCAUGCUGCUGACUAGUUGGAUAGUUGUACCUCAAAAACUAGGUGGGAAGUGGCUUUCUCAUUAUCCCACGAUCAGAUACUAAUGGAAGAGCUCGCUUACGUGCCAAAAUUCACUUUUAUACUAGUUUUUCAAUGCUUUAAUAUUUGUAACCUAAAUUUUAAAUUCAUAUUUACAAACACUACUAUAACUUCAGUGAAACUGAAUUGUGUGAUUGAAGCUUUUUGCUUAUUAUAAUAUUUAUUACACUACUUAAUUCAGUAAAUAUAUAAAAGUAGCCUUCAAUUUAUUUUUAUAUUAUUUUACAUGUUUUUAUCUGCAGUUGUGUCUGUGAAUUUCCCUUGGAGAUUAAGAUGUAAUACUAAGGACCAAUAAACUGUCACUCAACA